CACCCCAUCACUACCGCCGCCAUGCAGCGGGUGCAGAGGAAAGUGGGGCGCUUGCCCUUCCUAUCCACGCGACUGCCCAAUGAGGCCGAUAUCGAGGCCAUGCUCCGCGACUUCAACGAUUCCGACCAGAUGCUGGAGAGGAUCGAAGAUGCCGCAAAGCAAUGGCGCGACGCCUGGACAAACAUCCUCAACCACCAGCUCGCUGCUGUCGAGAUCAUGCACAAUAUAUACAAACCCUUGGGCGCAAAGGGCGGGGAGUUCGGAACCCAAACCCACACAGACACCCCACCGGAGACCAUGGAACGAUGUGUCCAGCUGCUCGAGGCUUUCGCUGAUCUCAAAUCCGACAUGAUGGAAGAGGUCAAGGAUAUUGAGAGGAAAUUGAUCCUACCCGCGAAGCUUGCUAGGGAUGCCCUCAAACCUAUGCACAAGGUCAUCAAGAAGCGCGACGACAAGAAGGUCGACUACGAGCGAUACAAAAGCCGCGCCGAGGCCCUCCAGAAGAAAAAGACGCGAUCGGACCGAGAGAACACGGCCCUGAACAAACACGAAACAGACGUCGCUCGUGCCAUACAUGAAUAUGAAUACGCAGAUGAAGGUUUGCGCACACAGCUUCCCAGGCUGAACGCUGCAACCUUUUCUUUGCUUCCACAUCUUCUUGCCAAUCAAAUCAUUUUGCAGAACAACUUGAUCGGCAACCUAUAUACUGUUCUCAACGAGUAUUCGCAUGCGCAAGGCUACCCGGACCCUCCCCCCGAGCCCGAGGAAGUAGUCCCCAUGUGGGAGGCGGCUUUCACUUCGCUGCGCAUGGAGAUUGAGACGGGAUUUGGUCUACUAAAAGGUGGGAAGGCUAUUCAUCAGCCGAUGAGAAUGCCUGAGAAGGGUGACACAGUGACCGGCUUAGGCAUUAGAAACAAAGUGGGCAUCGGCGGAGGGGGUGGUGGAGGAGGAGGUGCAAUCCGGUCGCGGAGUAACGAGUCCGUCCAGACUCUCCCUUCGAGAUCACCGAGGCCAGACAGACACCACUUGCCACCACCAGCAGAAGAAUCCCCACAAUUACAAGUGCCUCCUGCUAUCAACCUUUCCAGCAAACCUUCCAUGAGCUCUCUCAACGCGACAAAACCUAGAUAUGGUGGAAGUUCCCCCAGUCUGAGUCCUCAUAUGGGCGCAGACAAUCGCCGUCCAUCACACGGAUCUUCCACUAACGGCCAUGACGAUUACUUCGGGAGACCUCGUAUAUCCUCCUCGACUUCUGCUGGAGCAGCAUCCCCGCAGAUCGUGGGCAAAAAGAAACCGCCACCGCCUCCUCCCAAGAAGAUUGGUUCAUUCCAUGGUGAAUAUGUCACCGCCAUGUACGACUUCGAUGCUCACAGUUCCGGAGAUUUGACUUUCAGAGAGGGAGACAAGAUCCGCGUCGUGAAGAAGACGAACAGCUCGCAAGAUUGGUGGGAAGGGGAACUGCGAGGGCAAAGGGGAAGUUUCCCCGCAAACUACGUCAAGUAG